GCACUGCGGGGGGUAUCGCGACGGGCGACGCCACGGAGCGAGUGACGGGCGAGCGGGCGGCGGCCGGGGGUCACCCACGGGUCCGCUGCUCACCAUCACCCAGCCACCACCACCAACCACCACCACCACUAUCAACCACCACCACCCACCACCAAUCUCCAAUCAUCAUCAUCGACGACGUGGGAACGAAGAUGACGGGAGUGGCGGCCGUCUCUUUCUUCUCGAACGCGUGUCGCUUCAGUGGCUGCGGGCUCGCGUUCCCGUCUCUCGGCGAGCUCAUUGAGCACAUAGAAGAUACGCACAUCGAGAGUGACCCCAGAGUGUUGGAGAUCCAGGAGCUGCAGCAGCCGACGUACAUCGCACUCAGCUACAUCAGCAGGUUCAUGACGGACGCCACGCGUCGCGAGCAUGAGCAGAUACGCAAACGCAGCCAGGCCAAGGUCACGCUCGCCAUCACGGGGGGAGGCGCGAGAGCCUGCGGCGGAGGAGGUGGAGGAGGCGGGGGUGGUGGCGGCGGAGGUGUAGGAGGAGGUGGCGGAGGAGGAGGUGGCGGAGGAGGAGGAGGAGGAGGGACCCCCAAUGCGGCGCAGAGGCAAAACUCGGGCAGCCUCACGCCGCCCGUGACGCCGCCCAUCACUCCGGCAUCGUCCUUCCGGAGCAACACCCCCACAGGGAGCGAGUUCGACGAAGAGGAGGUGGACUGCGAGGAGUCGGACAGCGACGAGUCCUGGACGACGGAGAGCGCCAUCAGCUCGGAGACCAUCCUGAGCACCAUGAGCAUGAACGGGGACGACGAGAAGCCCUUCGCGUGCCCCGUGCCCGGCUGCAAGAAGCGCUACAAGAACGUGAACGGAAUCAAGUACCACGCCAAGAACGGCCACCGGACUCAGGUGCGCGUGCGCAAGCCCUUCAAGUGCCGCUGCAGCAAGAGCUACAAGACAGCGCAGGGCCUGCGCCACCACACCAUCGCCUUCCACCCGCCCAUCUCCGCCGACGUCAUCAAGAAGAUGCAGCAGCAGCAGUGAACCGCGUCCCCCCCACCCCCCCACCCCCACCCCCACCCCCUCCUCCUCCCACUCCUCCGGCGUCGUCGGCCGGUGCGGUCGUCAUCCUUGGCCGUUGUCGGCAGUGGCCGCAGGCCGUCGUUACCGAACGUCGCGAUCGCCCGUCGUCAACCAGCGACCACCGGGUUCGAUUUGUCUGCGCGCACCUCUCUCUGCGUGUGUGGGGAGCGGUGGCGCGGCGGCUAGCGCCCUGCUCUGCGGACCCCGGCGACCCCGGGUUCGAUUCCCGCCGACGGCCGCCGCCAACGCCGGUGGCGAUUAUCUGCGCCGGUCCUGGGCCUCCUCCCCUCGUCGGCCUCAGAUGGGCACCCGGUACGGUGCGGUAAAAAUCGUGACUGGCGCGCAGUUUGUCCACCCAACCCAUCUCGCGUGCCGUGCCGGCCUUAAUAGGUGCUCGCUAACAGCGCUUGCCCCAACGGUCUUGUUAACGCUACGAAGGGGGGGGCGGGGGGGAGGAUCUUCGUCACUGUGUGUGUGUGUGUGUGCUUGCCACACCAGCCCCUUGUGUGCUGUGACAGCCUUAACAGUCAUUGAUUGUCUUGGUGUGUUGUGUGACUGUGUGUGUGCGCGUGUUUUCCUAUUGUGUGGUUGUGUUACUGUGUGUGUGUGUGUGUCCACGUACGUGCGUGUUGUCUGCCUGUGUUGUUUUUGUCUGCGUCUUUGUCGUGGGAAGCGGUAGCGCAGUGGUUAGCGCUGCGCUGCACUACGAACCCGGCGAACUGAGCUGGAUUCCCGCUCGUGGCCAACACCGGUGACGAUUAUCUGAACCGGUCCUGGCCCUCAACCUAGCUAUGGCUCGGCUUCAAACGAGUACCCUGGUGUGGUGUGUAAAACAUCGCCACCAGGGAGACAAAGGCGGCCGGGCGUGGUGCUGGCCACCCACCCCCUCGUGUGCCAUGCCGGCCUUCAUAGGCGCUCGCUAUCAGCACUUGCC